AUGACGAUUCACGUUGGCAUCGAUAUUGGUACAACUUCGGCAAAGUGUUGUGCAAGAAAGGGGAAUGAAGUGGUUUUGGAGAUCAAGCAGAUUUAUGAAAAGGAGGGAACGGAAAACGAAGAGAACGGAAUGCAAAAUCCAAAACUGAUAUUGAAAACUGUGAUGGGGUUGUUAGAGAAAAUCCAAUCCCAAAUUCAACACGAAAAUCUUCAAAUUUCCGACAUUUGGACAUGCGGACAAAUGCAUGGAAUCGUUUUUUGGAACCAAGAUUCCAUUGCAGAUUUGGAUUCUCUAAUCCAUUCUUCUCUCUAUAAUUGGACCUACAGUAUUCCUUCUGAUUUCUUGAAGAGCCUUCCAAAAUGGGAUUAUGGAGAAUUGCAUCCCGGAUUUGGUUUGGUCACAAUCGCUUGGCUUUAUCAUUCUGAUAAGGAUUUGUUGAAGAAUUUCAAUCGAUGCGGAACGAUUAUGGAUCUUUUCCUGACUUAUCUCACACAAAACUCUCAAACGUUUAUCAGUCAUCACAACGCCCAUAGUUGGGGUUACUGUACUCGAGAAGGCACUUGGCAGAAUGAAACCCAUGAAAUUAUUCCUAGUUGGAUUCGUAUUCCAAAAAUCACAAAGAACUGUUCAGAAGUUGUGGGAGCUUGGAAUAAAAUCCAGUGCCACGUCCCUUCUGGUGACCUUCAAGCAUCUGUUGCAUCACUCGAAUACUUUGAGAACACUGCUUAUAUAAUUCUAGGAACUUCUGCUCAAUUGUGUUGUCUUGUGGACCCGAAUCAGCUCGAGACUACCGUACUACCACCUACAGUGGUUCAACUACCGUACUCCGAAAAGAAGCAUCUGAUUGCUGGGUGUGCAAUGAAUGGAGGGAAUGCUCUAAAAUCGAUGCUCAAAAUGCGUAAACCCGAGAAUUAUUCAUCAGACCAUCUUCAUAAACUUCUUCAGGAACUCGAUCAUUCACCUCCAUCUGAUAUGCCAUCUGAUUUACUAAUUGACCCGAUGUUCAUUCCGGAACGAGGUGUUACCAAAAAACUUCUCAUCGAGAAUAUCAAGCCAGAAACGACAGAUGAGCAAUCGCUGGAAGCCACUCAUCAGGGAAUCGUCAACAAUCUGUUCUAUCUAUUCCCUAUCUCCCUGUUGACCGAAUUAAACAUCAAACGACUGGCUCUGGUUGGUUCGGCGCAAUGUCCACGAUUUCGACGUCAUAUCGAAUAUGCUAAAAACUUCUCUUUUGUCACACCAAAAUCAGAGAUUUCGACACCAUUCGGUGCUACAAACUUUUCGCAAAUUCAAUAG